UACCCCGGACCCCGGACCCCCGGACCCCCGCACCGGGGAGGAUGGAGCCAUGGCUCGGAUUUCUCCUCACUCUGCUGUGAUGUGUCCGCGUGCUGCGGACUGCUCACCUCCCUCCGUCCUCGCGCUCGCGCUCGCGCUGGCCGCAGGUGGAUGAGAGAAGCGGGCGGAGCUGAGCGGAGCUGCGGGCGCGCGACACGCCACACGCGCCGAAAACCUCCAUCUGCGGAGCUCCUGAGGAGUUUCCCUUCCGACCGACAGAAGCAGAGAAGGCCAGGUUUCCUCCAUGGGUUCCCGCAGCCAGGGCUUCUUCCACCACCACCACCACCACCACCGCAGCUCCAUGGUGCCGGCCGCCGUGCCGCGGCUGCUGCCCGAGAGCGGCAGCCUGCUGGGCGGCAUCGCGCAGAUCACCCCCAGCCUGUUCCUGAGCCGGGGCAACGUGGCGUCCAACCGCAGCCUGCUGCUGUCCAAGGGCAUCACCUGCGUGGUCAACGCCACCAUCGAGCUGCCCAACUUCAACUGGCCCCACAUGGAGUACGUCAAGGUGCCGCUGGCCGACAUGCCGCACUCGCCCAUCUCGCUGUACUUCGACAGCGUGGCGGAUAAGAUCCACAGCGUGGGGCGGAAGCGCGGCGCCGUGCUGGUGCACUGCGCGGCCGGGGUAAGCCGCUCCGCCUCGCUCUGCCUGGCGUACCUCAUGAAGUACCACCGCGUGUCGCUGGCCGAGGCCCACGCCUGGGUCAAGGCGCGCCGCCCCGUCAUCAGGCCCAACGGCGGCUUCUGGCGCCAGCUCAUCGAGUACGAGCGGAAGCUGUUCGGCAGGAACUCGGUAAAGAUGGUGCAGACGCCCUACGGCGUCAUCCCGGACGUUUACGAGAGGGACCGCAGGAGCCUGGCGCCGUACUGGGGCCUGUGAGCCGGACCUGGGUCGGCGGGAAGCCUUGCGGCGCCUCCCGGACUGCGGGCGCGACGCCCGUCCUGACGGGCGGGGGCGAGACGCCUGAGUGUUCGUGUGUGUGAAGCUUAUUUAAAGAACACCGGUGGGUUCAGACGGAGCGGGUCAACCAAACGGCGGGCGCCAGGCGUCCCCCAGACCGAAGCGGCGUCUGACGGGAGCGUGGGAGUCGGCGCCGUCCGCCUCCCGGCCUGCGUCUGCAGCUCCGGGGACGGGCGAGCUGCCGGCCGCUCCGACCGUGAUGUGACUGGAGUCCUGUUCCUGGCGUGGUGUGGUGUGCUGGUAUCGUGACAGUUUUGCAGUAAUCUUUAGUGUGAAGGGCAGCAGCAUGCUCUGAAUCUAUGGUAGCAUUCAAGAUAAGUGUACAGACAAAAAAAAAACAAAAAACUACUGUUUUGCUGGAGUGUAUGGAUCGUGAGGGGAAGAGAAGUGUCACACUUUGUCCCAGCAUUUUAAAGAUGUUGUUCUUUCUGCCUUCUGAAGGCGAGCAU